AUGCGCUUAUCACUACCUUGGGCACUCGCCCUUGCGAGUACAACCACCGCCGCGAACCUUCAUGCGGCAAACAAGGCCAACAACAAACCUGCACCAACCUCAACAUCAAAAAACCCAUGCAAUGUGGCAAAAGCUGCUGCUGAGUACUACCUUGCAGCAUCUCCAAGUGCUACUGUAGCUUUCAUUGAGCCCUCGCUAGCCUACAACUGUCUGAACGCGGUUGCCGUCGACAAAGAGAGGGACUUGGAUCUACUCAACUAUCUAGAGCCCUACAUUGCUUUCCAAAGCACCCUAGAGCCUCUGGCGGACCCACCAAAGGGAUACUUGAUUCCCGGUGUUGAUGUGAUAGCUGGGUUUGGACAAAUCCGAGCCAAGCUUAUGAAGGGUCACUACAAAAGUCAACUUGAUUUUGCUCUGGAGCUCCGUCAUCUGUUCUCCCAAGCCUCUGACGGUCACUUUUUGUAUAAACCAGCCCUUUUGAGUAUUUUUGGCUUCAUCAGCAAGAAUGGCGUGGUCUCUGUUGCAGAUGAGGCCAAUGGACUCCCCAGUGUAUAUCUCCGCAGCGACUUCGAGAAGGAUGUUUCGAGUAACACGGAUGUUUAUGACAUUGAAAGUAUUGACGGGGUUCCCGUUCACGAAUUCCUCGAGGCUCAAGCCGCUCGCCAAUUAACCCAGGAUCCGGACGCUAAAUAUAACAAGAUGUUCAGCAACCCUGCCAUGGCUGCCCAAGACGGUGGCGAUGCUUUCACAAUCAGAUUCGCAGGCAAUACUCCGGACCAGGAAGUGAUCAAGUUUACUAACGGUACAACCUACGUUAACAAGCUAUAUGCGAGGAUCUCAAAAUCGGCAUUGGAGCAUCUCAACACUCCCGAGGAACUACACGAAUUUUUCGAGGUCCCCGCCACAAGGACCGCAGAAGUACCUUCUUCGAAGCCGAGCGCCUCUAAGCCCACAUCAUCAGCAAAACCUUCCAAGACUGCACUUCCAGGAUACCCAAAACCGGUUUCGUUCCACGCCCACGAGUGGGUGUCUGGAUACUUUCUUGAGGGCAAAGGAUACGAAGAUGUUGCCGUGCUGGCCGUUCUUUCCUUCUCCCCUUGGAGCGUAGCUUCCGGCUCCGUGAACGGUUCAUUUGAAAUUCAGGAGGCUCGCCGUACAGUCGCCGAGUUCCUCAAGGAAGCCAAGAAGGCAGGCAAGAAGAAGCUCGUCAUCGACCUGCAAGGCAAUGGUGGUGGCUAUGUCGUCGCCGGUUUCCAGCUCUACAAUCAACUCUUCCCCAAGGCUGCUGACAUCUGGGAUGGAAACCGUCUCCGGGCCAACGAAGCGCUCAACGCUCUUGGUGCUACCGCCGCAGACACAUCUCCGAAGAUUUUGGAUGAUUUCAUUGGAUCCUUCCUCGACGAGAAGCUGAAGCCGUACGAGACCUGGGGUGAUCUCUACGGGCCUCAGUUCAUCGGAGAGCAGAACGUGACUAACCUACUCCGCUUCGACCACGCAGAGCUGGGCUACCCCAAGAGCAAAGAGGAUCAACUGUUUGACCCGAAAAACAUUGUCGUCGUCACCGACGGCGGCUGCGCGUCCACGUGCACUAUCUUCACCGGUCUUUUGGUUAGAGAGCACGGCGUUCGAACGAUUGCCCUCGGUGGUCGACCCCUCGCAACAGCCAUGCAGGCAGUGGGUGGCGUCGAAGGUGCUCAGGUUCUCGACUUUAUCGAUCUUCAACAGGUGGUCAUGAAAGUCGGCCUAGACGCCGUGAAGAACAAGAACACGAAACUCCUUGAGAAAGUCUUCGACGACCUCCCCGAUAUUGGGGAGCCUCCCUUGCUUCCUCCUCUGGCCAAUGCCGGUGCCUUCAAUUACCGCAAUGCCUACUCUCGGAAGAAUGUGAAUGGAUACCCGGAGCAGUUCCGAUAUGAGGCUGCCAACUGCCGUCUCUUCUACACAGAAAAGAUGGUCUACGAUCCGGUUGCUAUCUGGUCUGCAACUGCUGAUGCCGCCUGGGGGAAGGGAAAGUGUGUCGCAGGCUCAACCGUCAACACUGAUGGUACCAUAAGCGACAAGACCGUUGAUUACAACGAUAAGGUGGUAAGCGGUGUAGCCGCUUACAAAGGACCGGGCAGCUUGUCUUUCAAGGGAGACUACGAACCCCCGAAGCCUUUCAUCCGGCAGAAGGCCUCCCAUAAGCGGUCUAUUGAAGAUCAGCUGACUCCUCCCGACGGAUUUGAAUACCAGUUCAAGCAAAAGAUUGGUGAUAUCAAGGAAUACUUCGAGGAAAAUGUUCCUGGAGAUUGGGAAUACAAGGAGAAGCCCAAGUGGGGUGGCUUUAGCCGGGCGUAUGAGAACUGA